GUGAUGAAACAAUGAUGCGGAUCGCCACAAGACGCCGAUUCAUAUCGAACAAUUUGCACAAGUUUUCCCGGAUAUCCGCCUCCACUUCUGCAACUUUAGCCGCAUAUUCAAAUGGAAAUCAACAUCAGAACAGGCAAUUCGGCACAAAUGCACUUUUCAGCAAAAAAGGAGGAUUACUCCAAAAACGGCAAACAGUGAUCAAUUUACAAAGCGAAAGGGCGUUUAUUGGUAUCGCUGCCAGUGCAGCUCGACAUCUGCUCAAACUUCGAUAUUUUAUCGCAACUGGGGUUAUUGGUGGAAGUGUCGCGGCUAGAACGUGGUAUGAAGAAUGGAAAUCAAAUUUGCCCGAUUUAUCCCUCCCGGAAUGGUUCGAUUCAAAUGGGUCUUGGAACGAGUUUUCGCAAAAAAUGAAAGGGAUUAAAGAUGGAUUUGGUGCAGAUGGACAAAAUAAAUGGGCAGAAUGGAUGGCCAAGUUUGAGCAAUUUAAACAACAGAAAGAGGAUCAAAAUGGAAAUUCAGGAGGCGGCGGAGGAGGAGAAGGAAAUGUUCCAGUAAAAGAGCCCGUCAUUCUCGCCUCAUUGAUGUCCGCAUUCUCUUCCAAAAAAGAUGAACCCGAGGAGAAAAAAGACAAUGUUUCUGCCGAAGAGCGGAUACAGAAGCUUCAAGAGGAAAUGCUCAAGACUCAGAGUCAAUAUCAACGAGAACUGGAACGCCUCGAAAAAGAGAACAAAGUUCUGAAACAGAGAUUAUUGUUAUCGGAUGAUAAGGCAGCAAUUAGGUUGAAACGGCUUAAGAGAUCCUUAAUCGACAUGUACAGCGAAGUUUUGGACUUGCUCAACGAAUACGAUUCGUCAUACAACACCUCGGACAAUUUGCCGCGUGUUGUAGUAGUUGGUGAUCAAAGUGCAGGAAAAACGUCAGUUUUAGAAAUGGUGGCACAAGCCAGAAUCUUUCCCAGAGGAUCUGGAGAAAUGAUGACAAGAGCUCCAGUGAAGGUAACACUCUCCGAAGGUCCAUACCAUGUUGCACAAUUCCGUGAUUCCUCACGCGAAUUCGAUCUUACCAAAGAGACGGAUCUCCAGCAAUUACGUAAUGAAACUGAAGUGAGAAUGAGGAAUUCAGUAAGAGAUGGGAAAACGGUGUCGAAUGAAGUUAUUUCAUUAACUGUGAAAGGUCCGAAUCUCCCAAGAAUGGUUCUGGUAGAUCUUCCAGGAGUUAUCUCAACUGUGACUGCUGAUAUGGCAAGGGAAACUAAAGAUGACAUCAUUCGAAUGAGUAAAGCACACAUGGAAAACCCAAAUGCAAUCAUUUUAUGCAUUCAGGAUGGAUCGGUUGACGCGGAAAGAAGCAACGUAACUGACCUGGUCAGUAGCAUUGAUCCAUCAGGAAAACGCACGAUUCUAGUUCUUACAAAAGUCGAUAUGGCUGAGAAGAACUUGGCCAAUCCUGAUAGAAUCAAGAAAAUCCUUGAAGGAAAGCUAUUUCCAAUGAAGGCUCUUGGCUAUUUCGGAGUUGUGACUGGAAGAGGAAACAGUUCGGAUUCGAUCGAUGAAAUUAGAAAGUAUGAGGAGAAUUUCUUCUCAACAAGCCAGUUACUACGGGAUGGUGUUCUGAAACCAUCGCAGAUGACAACUCGAAACAUGUCAUUGGCAGUUUCAGAUUGUUUUUGGAGAAUGGUUCGGGAUUCUAUUGAAAGUCAAACUGAUGCGUUUAGAGCAGCCAAAUUUAAUUUAGAAGCUGAAUGGAAGAAUCACUUUUUGAGAAUACGACAACUAAAUCGUGACGAGUUAUAUGACAAAGCAAGAGGAGAAAUUCUGGAUGAAAUUGUGAAUUUAUCGUUAAUCGGAGUUGAAGAAUGGGAGAAACUACUUCAAGACAAACUAUGGUCAGGAAUAUCUUCACAUGUUUUUGAUCAGAUAUUGAUGCCUGCGUAUGCUUCUUCAAGUUCCGGAUCUUUCAACACAACAGUUGAUAUCAAGUUGAAACACUUUGCUGAUAAGCAACUGGCUCAAAAGAGCAUCGAAACCGGAUGGGAUACUUUGAAAGAAGUUUUCUUUAGACAAAUUAAUCAAGAUGCCAGAACGAAAAAAGAUCAUGAUCCAGUGUUUGAUGCUUUAAAGGAAGCAGUAAUCGAAGAAGCUAUGCUGACGCACGGAUGGGAUGACAAAGCGAUGGAUUAUCUCCGAGUAAUUCAAUUGAAUGCAAUGGAGGAUCGUGCUGUUCAGGAUAAACGAUCAUGGGAUGCUGCAUGCAAUUUCCUUCACAAGGCUGCAUCAGAACGUCUUGCAGCAGUGAAGAAGCAGCUUACUGACGACAGAGGACCGGGUUGGGCAUCGAAAUGGCUAAUGUGGAAGACCCCAACUGCUGAUAAUCAUUAUUCAUGUGUCAUUCAGGACGAGCUUUACUCAAUUUUAGGAGCAGAUCCAGAGCACAAACAGGCGUUGACUGAUGAUGAUAUUACUGUAAUCAGAAGAAAUAUUGAGACGAAAGGCGUACUUGAAGUUCCCACUGAAUCGAUUAGAAAACAAUGGAAAUUAGUAUUUAAGAAGCACUUUUUGGAGAGGAUAAUUAAUAGCAGCAAGGACUGUCUAUCGAUGUAUCAGAUGUAUCGUCAAGGAAUGAUUGAAGGACAAGAUAUCGAUUGCCAAACCAUCGUACUUUUCUACAGAAUCCAAAAGAUGGUCAACUUGACGUGUAACGCACUGCGGCAACAAAUCACAAAUACUGAACACAGAAGGCUGGAAAAAGAGAUUAAGGAGGUGUUGGAUGAUUGGUCACAAGAGCCAGAUAUUAAAAAGAAAUAUUUGACGGGAAGACGUGUCGAUCUUGCAGAAGAAAUUCAACAAGUUCGCCGAAUCCAAGAGAAACUCGAAGAGUUCAUGGCUCAAUUACAACGUGAAAAAAUCUGAAAUCUCCUCGAUGUUUGAUCAGCUAAAACGAUUUUCUUAGAUUCUAGGUGUGUGCAAUUGUUUGUUUGUUUGUUUGUUUCUAGUUCUAUUAUCACAUAGACUCGAAAAUAGGUUCUCUAAAACAUGUAAUUUUGUCACUUGUUUUUGUAAGUUUUCAUCACGGCUUUUUGGUGCUUUUUUGCCAUUUUAUUUUAUUUUUCCAUCCUUUCAUUGACACGAAAAUGUAUAGCUAGUCUUUUGCCUGCCCUCAAUUUUUGAUAGGUUAUCUCAACUUUGAACCGGUUUUUUUGUUGUAAAUAUGAUCUAGGUCUCUAAUUAUUGUGCUUUUUCCCCAAUUUUAUAAUUUUUUAAAAUUUAAACGAAGAUUUUUCCCUAAACU